CGAGGAAGUGAAAUUGAUAAGAACGGAUGGACUGCAUCGAAUUCAAGCCAAGGUCAAAUCGCAACCGCGAUGGUCGAUUCUUCAGAUUCGUAGAAACCAGUUUUUUGUAGAUAUAGUACGUCAAAUGAAUCAAAACAAAGAUAGCCGAGCUGAAAAUAUUACCAGAGUGAUGAAGACAAAAGACUCAAGAGCAAUUGCUUUCUAACCUAGAAAUAAGUUUGAGUUGCAUUCAAUAAUGAAAUAUAUUGUGCUUUUUUCUUUAUUAGUUGCUGGUUUUUAUUCACUGUCAGUUUCAGGCCUCCAUUUAUCGAACUUGAGUCCGGUGUGCCUGCGGUGCAUCUGCCAUGCCUCCAGCAACUGCAACAUGACCAUUGGCUGCUAUGGGGGGCGAUGUGGACCUCUCCAGAUUUCCAGGCAGUACUGGAAGGAUGCUGGACGAUAUGUUCUCCCUGAAGAUAAUCCCAACAGAGAUGGAGCUUUCCUGGACUGUGCAGAAGAUCAUAGCUGCGCAACGCAAAUCCUGAAACACUACAUUAUUGCUCAUGGCAAGGAUUGCAACCACGAUGGAAUAACAGAUUGUGAUGAUUAUGCCAUGCUCCAUUUUAAUUUGAAGUCUGAUUGUACUGUUCCAAUUGAUGCAACAAAUUUUGGUUUGAGGUACUCUACGUGUAGACCGACUGCCAGUCUGGAUGACGAUGAUGAUAUAAUUUGAUUGAAUUCUUGAAUUAUUCUAAAAUAUAAUAGGAUCUAAAAAAACAAUUACUGUUCCAUUUGGUACUGUAAUUUUAAAGUAUGUACGGUAAGUAUAAUGUUUAUUUUUACGUUGAUCUGUUCACUUUUUUUAGUAAACAUUUUUUAAAUGUUUAUUGCUUA